AUGCCUACCAUGAGACUGUUCACUUGCUUCCUGCAGCUCCUGACGGGGCUGGCGUUGCCCGCCGUGCCCCCCCAGCAGUGGGCCUUGUCUUCUGGGAACAUUUCAUCAGAAGUGGAAGUGGUGCCCUUCCAGCAAGUGUGGAAGCGCAGCUACUGCCGGCCGGUGGAGAGGUUGGUGGACAUCGUGUCUGAGUACCCCGGCGAGACGGAGCACCUGUUCAGCCCGUCCUGCGUCUCCCUGCUGCGCUGCACCGGCUGCUGCAGCGAUGAAAAGAUGCACUGCAUGCCCCUGGAGACAGCCAACAUCACCAUGCAGCUCAUGAAGUACCGCGCUCUGGACUUGCCCUUCUUUGUGGAGAUGAGCUUCUUCCAGCAUGUCAGCUGUGAGUGCAGACCUCGGUGGGGGAAGACGAAGCUAAAAAGGAGGAGAGCCAAGGUCAGGGGCCAGAGGAAGAGAAAGGAGCAGAAACACAAAGACUGUCACCUGUGCGGUGAUACUCUUUCCCGGAGGUAA